UCUAAGUUGAGAAUAAUAAUUUUGAAUAAAAGGUUGAAUGUAGUAGUAAUUAUAUACAUUGAUGUGCUUUUUAUCAGGUAGUUCAUCGAUGACAAUGGAAGAUAUGCCAGAGCCUCCCAUCAUUCCUAAUUUUGAAACAUGCUAUCUCACUCAUGAAGAACUGCGCAAGAUCAUUAAUUUCAAGAAAGAUUUGCCGAGUGAAGUGUCUUACCGGCGCCCGUGGUUGAAAAGGCAUCUGUGGGCAUUUUGGAGUGAGCCGACUCUCUCUCCUUGCAGUGGUGGUAGUAUUACCGAUUCCGCAACUCACCCCCCCACCGCAAAUCAACCCAUCAUUACAGACAUCAUCAAAUCUGCCCUUCUACACUUCCAUCCAAGUUAUAGUAUUUACGAUGACUUUCUAAUACAGUUUUGGGCACCCAUCACAACAGAAACAGGGUGUGUCCAGCUUGUUACUUCAGAUCAACCUUUUGCUCUUACUUAUAAUCUUGAUGAAGGACUACUUAAGUAUAGGAAGCAGUGUUUGCAAUACAAAUUUGAUGUGGAUGGGGAACAAGUAGAAGGACUUGGAAUCCCUGGCCGUGUUUUCCGCCAAAAAUGGCACGAGUAUCUACCACAUGUGCGACAUUACUCUACCAAAGAGUACCCACAACGUGAUUUUGCUCUAGCUUGCCAUAUUUCGAAAUCUUUUUGUUGCCCGUUGUUUCAAACCUCUUUCCAGGGAUGCGUUGGAGUACUUGAGUUUGUUGCAACUAACAUUAUCAGUUUCUACUCCACGUGUAAAUCGUUUAUCAAGCUUCUUGCGGGUCUGAAAACUUCUUUCUGUGAUGGAUUGAUUUGUAAGGUUUUCUCUAGAUUUCAUCCAAAUAUACGGGCUGAAAUCAAAGAAGGGUUGAAAGUGGUGUGCAAAACUCACGACUUACCUUUGGCUAUGACACGGAUUCCGUGCGGGCAUUUCAAUGGCAAUUUGGAUAAUAGCAAUGAUACGUUUGAUGUAAGUUGUAUGGGACCAGCCUUUCACUAUAAAUAUGAAGCAUCUUAUUUUAUAGAUGAUAUUCUGGUGGAAUUAUUCUAUGACCGGAAUGAUUUUCAAAACGGGCAGGAAGUUGUUCGAAGUGCAUAUCAGUCACAUAAACUAUGUUUGUGUAGAGAUCUAACUCAAUUCAGCAUAACUGAAUACCCCGACCUGCCCCUUGCACGUGCUUUUGGCUUAACAAGUUGUUUCUUCAUUUGCUUGCAAAGUACUCGUGCCAAAAAUUAUCAUUACGUACUAGAGUUUUUUCUGAAUCCUAAAAACACAUAUGGUGAAGACCCAAGUACCUUCUUGUGCCCAAUAUUAGAAACAAUGAAGCAACAUUUCCCAAGCUUUAAGCUUGCUUCUGGAGAAGAACUCGGGAAGGAAUUACCGAUUGAAGUUAUUAAACCUCGCAUGAAUCAGGAGCCUGCUUCUUUUCAAUGCCAAAGUACUUUAUCUCCAUCUAGGCCUGGGGUCUUACAUAAUGCACAAGAGAUGAUGCAGCCACAUUCAUCAAAUCAACAGAUGCUAGUUGAAGUUGAAGAUAUCAACUAUGAAUGGAAUCUUGUUAAUGAUGAGCAAAAUAACAUUCCUGUUUCUUGUUCAAAUGAGGAUCGCAUGAAUCAGGAACUUGCUACUUUUCAAUGCCAAAGUACUAUAUCUCCACCCGAGCUUGAAGUCUUGCAUAAUGGGCAAGAGACGACGCAGCCACAUCCACCAAAUCAGCAACUAAUAAUCGAACUUCGUGAUACAAACAAUGGAAUGAAUGUUGUUAAUGCAGAGCCAAAUGGCAUUCCUGUUUCUUGUUCAGACGAGGCAAUUAAUUCAAUUACUUAUGAGGAAAUCAAAAAGCAUUUUGGAAAGAAACUUGAAGAUGUUGCACAGAUUUUUGAUGUGAGCAGAUCUACGUUUAAACGUAUAUGCCGAAAGAAUGGAAUCCACCGCUGGAAACGAGGCAAGAGAAAUAAGGUUAAAGGCUCUCCCUCUAGACAAGACCCUUCAUGUUCUCAUCUGCCUGCUGAGAAACUCGUGGCUACUGUUGCUCACUUGACUCCACUUCCAACAACACAAGAAGUAAGGGCAAUAACUAUAAAGGCAAAAUUUGGAGGUUGUACGAUAAAAUUUCAACUUCCUUCUACAUCAGGAAUGGUGGAGUUGGGAGAGGAAGUGCUCAAGAGGUUGAAGUUAGAUGUUGGAACUUAUAAUAUCACAUAUAAUGAUGGCGAGGAUCAGAUUUUAAUAGCCUGCGACGAGGACUGGCGGGAUUGUAUGAGUGCUUCCGAUUCAAUGGGCACAAUCAGAUUGGUCAUUGAGCCAAUUACCCAAAUAUCACCUUCAAUGUGACUACAGGAAAUAUCAGCAGUUCCUAUUUCGUAGCUCCCACUCUGUUCUCUAGGAUUGCCGAGUCUUCUACUUGUUCAGUCUAAAAAAAAUACAUUUGUAUUUCAAAGAGAGUACCUUGCUGAAAUGUAAUAUGUUCAAAGUGAAAGAAGCAACUUUAAGUUUUGCAGGAAACAAUAUGUUUUAUGUAAGUAAACACUUAGCAAAUAUUUUUAAAGUUCGCAGAUGAGCUAAUUAGUUGCUACCAUUAA